AUGCCCAAACCGCCACCAUACAACCCUAUGCAAAGCGCCGUGUCCAAAUGGGCAGCGCAAGCAACGUGCAUAGACGAUGGCGUUGCCGCAGGCCUACUGGCAACGGCACCGAAACGGUUUACGAUUUAUGAACCUAUGGCUAUUUUCCCUUCUGGAAGCUUUACUUCACCAAUCUGGGCAAGAACAAUUUCUCAAUGCUCAGAGAGCGACUUAUCUCCGUUGUGGAUAACCAUUGCGCAAGAGCUGUCCAAUGUUGCCAAAUCGCCAGUCACACAUCUUGCUAUCAAUGAAGGAAUUCCUCUUCUGAAAGGGGGAGAAACGGAAGAAAAUAUCCUCCGCAGUCCAACAGGCUUACAGAUGAUUCACGGCGACUUUGGUCCUUCUCAAACAGAGAGCGAACAGCCAACAGAUGCCGAGUUUAACGUAGCGCUGUGGGUGACGACCAAACAGAACGGCAUCCACCAAACAUGGGCUCCAAGAUGGACCAUGUUUAGCCGCGGUAACGUGAAGGAGAAAGCACGUCUACUUACAUUUCCUCGGCCAGCAGCACAGGAAGACGCACCGUGGGCUGUUGAUAUGUACGCGGGUAUUGGCUACUUUGUCUUUUCCUACGCAACCAUGGGGAUGCGGAUUCUAGGGUGGGAAUUGAAUCCAUGGAGUGUGGAAGGUCUACGAAGAGGCGCCCUUAUGAACAAAUGGACUGUCAAGGUUGUUCGUGGCCAAGACCUGACGCUGCCAAUGACGGAGAUUAUGGCUACUGGCGAACAGAUCGUCAUCUUCCAAGACGACAAUCAGAAUGCGCAGUCGAAAAUCGCCGAGCUACAUGACAUGGAAACGGCGCAUAACAUUAGACACCUUAAUGGCGGUCUUCUACCCACCAGCGAGCUAAUAUGGCAAGCCGCUGCGGCGAUAACAUCCAAGAGUCCUGAGACUUGGCUACAUUUGCAUGAGAAUGUAGCCACCGACGACAUCGAAGGCCAAGCUGAGGAGAUGGAAGCUAGAUUCAAGACAUGGACACAGGGAACAGUCGCAGAAUGCAGGUCAAGUCAUGUAGAAAAGGUUAAGACGUUUGCGCCAGGUGUCUGGCACUGUGUAUUUGAUAUUUAUAUUCGCAGAACAUAG